AUGAAGCUGCCGUCCGUCAACUGCCGUCGUUGCGUCGCCGUAUCGCAGUCCAGUCCGCUCGGUGCUGCCGGGUACAACUGGACUGUGACGUUUCAGGCAUUCGAUCCAGUGUCGGCGUCGUUCGCGUGGCCGGUCGUUGGUAAUGUCGCGUCCCUCGCCAUUGUCAAUUCCUCGCUGACAUGCAGUGGGUUGGUGGCGACGGUCACGACGCUGCAGAAUGGGUCCGCGCCGAUGCGUGGUAGCUUCGUGCUUGCGUACCGUGCGCAGCCGUCGGUUGCGCUGGCCUGGAAUGCGACGCCCGACGACGUUCUCGCAGCUGUUCAGAACAUCAAGAGCAUCCCCCACUUCGGCGUCGGGUUCGCCGUCUCGCGCUCCGACUUGACCGCGUCGGGCGGUGCCCAGUGGCGCAUCACGUUUCCGUACGACUUGCCGCACCCGGACGAAGUCUUUGUCGUUUCGUCGCGCCUCCGUGGAAGCAAUGCACAAGUGGUCGUGACCACCGUGACGCCGCAGACCGUGCCCAUGGCCGGUAGCUUUACCCUCUCGCACCACGGGCAAGCGACGGCGGCGAUCUCGUUCAACGCGAAUGCGAGUAUUGUGGCCUCUGCACUCUCCGCACUACCAGGGCUGCCAUCGGUGGACGUGACGACAGUCCAUGUGUCAGCAAUGAAUCGAUACGUCUGGCGCGUCACGUUUGCAUCGUUGGUGAAUUCGGGAAACCUCCCGCUGCUACUGACGCCAUCGGUUGCGAUCGGCGGCACGUCGCCCAGUGCCACCGUGGCCAAGCGACAAGCUGGCACGCACAACCAGAUACAAGUGAUCACGAUAAGCGCGGUGACGCUUUCGCCCAACGGUACGUUCACGCUGGCCAGCGCUGGGUUUACGUCGCCAAUCGUGCUCUCCAUGACGAGCUCGGCCAGCGAGAUGACCGCUGCGCUCGUGGCGAUACCAUCGAUUUCGACAGUUCGCGUCGAGCGAGCAUUGGCCAUGGACGGACACCUUGGUGCGUCAUGGUACGUUUUGUUUCUGGAUUCAAGCCAAGACCGCUCGCCGCUCGUUGUGACGCCAAUGACGCUCACGCCCGUGGGUGGCUACACCGUCAGUGUCACGACGCGGUCGUCCAUGACGACGCCGGUCUCGGGGACCUUCACGAUUGCCUACGGACUCGGCUGCAUCGACGGUGCGACGUCGGAGUCGGCGUCGUGCGGGCCGCAGCAGACGCCGGCGCUUCCGUACAACGUCGAUGCCGUCACCAUGCAACAUGAAAUCUCGCUGCUUCCAGGCCUUGGCGCAGCCACGGUCACCCGUGUCGGCCCCGACUACCUCAACGGGUUCACAUGGUCGAUCUCGUUCCCGCAAGAGCUCGGUAGCAUUGCGCUGCUCAACGUUGCUUUGGGUGUGAACCUCGUCGGUACGAACGCCAUUGUUGCGGUCGCCGAGACACAGGCCGGCGUCUCGUACAACAACGCUAAAGUCCCGGUGACCGUGUCGUCCAACGGCCAAGAUUACUCGUCCCCGGCGGUUGUGUACCAAUACGUUCCGACCAUCGUCGUGUCGUCGCUGGCGCCGACGCACGGACCAGCCACCGGUGGCACGGAAGUCGUCGUGACCGGGUCGUUCUUCUUCAACUCGUCGGCGCUCUACUGCAGCUUUGGCUCGACGUCCGUCAAGGCGAAUACGUACUUCAACAACUCGAUGCUGGUGUGCAUCGCACCACCGCGAGGGAACAACGCCGCGACGGUGGCGGUCGAGAUCUCGCACAACGGUGUCGGUCUCGCCAGCACUUCGUCUGAGAGUAAGGUGCGCUUCACCUACGAUACGCCGGUGGUUGUUCAGACGGUGACACCGACGUCGGGACCAAUGACGGGCAACUUUUCAGUGCACAUCUCUGGUGGUCCAUUUUUGCCGACGUCCGAAGUCCGUUGUCGUUUUGGAGCACUCGUUGUGUUGGCUACGUAUAUGCACUCGGAUCGCCUUCGGUGCGUUGCCCCCAGCCUCCCGGCGGGGACGUAUGCUCUCGAGGUUUCUCUCAACAACCAAGACUACACAAUGACGCGCUGGCCUUUCUACUUCUACCCGAACCCGAUACUGUCGCGCAUCGUUCCCGUCUUUGGCCCGGCCACCGCGGCCGGCACCGCCAUCACGAUCUUCGGCACGGGGUUUGUCAACGUGUCGAGUUUGGUCUGUCGUCUCGGAAAGACGGUUGCACCGGCCACGUUCGUCUCGUCGACACAGCUGCGCUGCUUGGCACCGGCGCUCUCCGAUUUUAGCAGUGGUUUUCAACCGAUGCCGCUCUCAGAGCAACGCAACACAUACCCCGACCCGAGCACUGGCAGUCGCCUUCUUUUCCCGACGGCGUGGCACUUUCCACUCGUCAACGGACGUCUCGUUGCCGUCGAAGUGUCCAACAAUCAGCAAGACUACACAUACAGUGGUGUCAACUUUAUGUACUACGACGACGCAACCGUCGCGGCGGUGACGCCGACGCGGGCGUUUGCAACCGAUGCGAUCGCACUCUUUGUCCUUGGCGCGGCCUUUCUCAACACAACGGAGCUCCGGUGUCGCGUUGGACCGACGACCGUGCGCGGGGUCUUCUUGACACCGAACGUUACGCUGUGCAUCGUGACUUCGAGCCUACUGGAAACGACGCUCCCAAUGACGUCGACGACGUCUCCCAAUGAUCAGGUUCCGACGUUUUCGGAAGAUGGUCAGUAUCUCUUCGUGGAGGUGGCCAACAACGGCGUCGACUUCACAGCCAACCGCGUCGGGUUCGAGUAUCUCGGUCGUUGUCCGACGGGUGCUUACUGCCCCGCAACACUGCAAGGACGGCAAGUAACGUGCCCCCGCGGCACUUAUUGUCCAGGCGUCGGCAAUGCGAACUAUACUCUCUGCCCCCGGGGCACGUAUCAACCGCUUCUAGGGCAGUCGGACUGCGUUCGGUGCCCCAUUGGAUACCAUUGCCCUCACAUUGGGUUGCACGUGCCCCGCGUAUGCCCCGCUGGCUAUGUGUGCGAUGUCACGGGUAUUGAAGAAGCCGACCAGCCAUGCCCCGUUGGCCAUUUUUGUCUGGAAGGCACGGCAACGACCGCAACGACGUGUGGAAGCCCCGUCGCGUCGCGCAAGCUGGCCGGCACCUACACACAGGGCGAGCGCCCAUCGACGCUGCGCAAGGGCCGGCGUGCGACACCCCAAGAGCUUGUGCUCGGUGGUCGGAAUGCCGGGUGCUGGGACAACAGCACGGCCGACUUUGGUCUGCAGCUGAGCGCGAACCCGAGCCGGUUCUGGAUGGAGCUACACCAGUUGCCAUUGUCGUCCGACACGACGAGCUUUGUGCCCCUGCGCGGACGCUACUGUAUGGACGAUGCGUGCUUGAAGGUCCAGAGCCCACUCUCGGUGCAGGACACGGUGUUCGACUACGCGUCGACGGGGUUUGCUCUCCGACGUCCGGUGCCGUGUCCGAUGGGCACCUACUGCCAUGCUGGCACGGCGGGCAACGUCUCGACGAUGAAGAACUUUACCAUGCCUCAACCGUGCUUUGAGAGUAUGUACUGUCCGGAAGGAAGCGUUGCACCGGUGGGCCAAGGCGACUGCCCGACGGGCCACUACUGUCCGUUUGGCGUCAAGCUACCGUGUCCUGUUGGCACCUACUGCCCGAGCACGGGCAACUACGAGCCGCUUCCGUGCCCGCCCGGCACGUUUAACGGUAUGGUGGGCCAGUCGUCGUGCACGCCGUGCCCCGCGGGCUCCAUUUGUCCAGGGUUCAACCCUCGAGUCGCCCAACAUCCUUUGCCCACCCGGGUCUUUUGCCUCGAGGGUCUCUUGACCUCGGACCCAUUCCGAAACGACACGACGCUUCGACCCUACCCGUGCCGUCCCGGCACCUACUGUCUGGGCGGUGUCGUCGCCGAUACCGUCGUGACGGGCGAUUUCUCGUACGCUCAAAACUGCACCGCCGGUUUCUACUGCGAACUUGCGUCCGUGUCGCCAAAGGGCAUGGGCAUGUGCCCACCGGGCUUCAUGUGCCCCGAAGGCACGGCCGCGCCGAUUCCGACGCCGCUCGGCACAUACGCGCAGCGCAGCGGCACCGUGCAAGCCGCACAGUGUGCACCGGGGUACUAUGCACCGACGAUCGAGACGUCCGAGUGCUACCCGUGCCCGCCAGGUACGACGUGUCAAGACGACGGCAUGAGUGUGGCCGUCUUGUGUCCGCCCGGCACCUAUCGAAGUACGUUGGAGGUUGACGGGAUCGCCUGCGUGCCAUGUCCCCAAGGCACGUGGUCCAAGAACUGGGGUCUCCGCGACGUGACCGAGUGCAUGCUUUGCCCGCCAGGCACCGUCUGUGCCACGGACGGCAUGACAAAUCCGUGCAGCAACAGCGACCUGCCGCUGCCAUACGUGCCAACGAACGCUGGCGAGUCCAUGGAGCAGUGUCUCGGGAAGGGUCGCGCCUUCUUCUUUGGCGUCCUCCUCGAGCCUUGGAUUGACGCGCAUGGUGUUGGGCCGCACUUUUUACCCCACAUCUCGGGGCAGUGCUACUACAACCCGCAGCCGUAUGGGAGCCCCGUGUACCGUCGGUUCACCGAGUACUUUGGUCCGUUGUACGACAUCACGAAUGGUAUUCCGAGCCAAGGGUAUGGCGACAAUAGCCAGUCGCCGGGCCCGAGUUACUUUGACCGUGGCUCGCUCUACAUGGACCUCACGUACUCGACGGUAUUCGACUUGCAGCGGAAUUGCACGCGCGGUUUCUUCUUCAAGGACGCGUGGUUUCCCGGCACGUGCGAAGCCGACUUGAUUUGCUACUCGACCAAAAUCGCGCAGGCGCUCAUCUGCCCCGAGGGCUUCAUCUGCGACGAGGCGACCACCGAUGGCUCGUCGCUGAGCACGCCGUGUGCACCGGGGUACGUCUGCGCGUUUGGGUCGACGCCUGACACGUACCUCGAGUCGCCACAAGGUCAGUACAGCAUGCUCUGCCCGCGGGCGCACUUUUGCCUCGAAGGCACGGGCGAGGGCUUCAUGAAGCACGACCCGUGUCCGGCCAACUACUUUUGCCCCACCGGCACCGUUGACCCGUGGCACGGCCUCGUCGCCAACGACGCUUUGCGCCGGGGCCUUUCGUCGGCGCUGGCAAACCCGUUUACGACCGCGGACAGCAUCGAGUAUGUCAACGAAGGCGACGUCCGCGGCUUCUCGGCCCACGAUCUGCGCUGCCUCCUCGCCAUCGACCCCGAGCUGCAAGAGACGUUUCAGUUGGUCAAUAGCGUCGUGUACAACGUUGCCAUCGAGAACGACCUCGCGUGUGCGCGCGACCACAAGUGGCGCCACGUCGUCAACGCCAUCACGCGCGGCGAGUGCAACUGCACACACCAAGUCGUGCUGACACUCGACCUGCACAAGGUCUACAGCUGCACGCUGCCUUCCUGCGCCCUUAGCUCGCUGCGUCUUGUUCUCGGUGCGACGUCGGCGGGGGGCGUCACCUUUCCGUUCGCUCCGAGCGCCGUGUACGCGUCCUACACAGCGCUGGCCGCCGAUGCCACGGCAACGUACAAGGCCCAAACGCUGACAGCGAUGCGGGCGCCGAUCAGCGAUACGCUCUACGACACGUACAUGGCCGUGCAACGGAUUGCGUCCUGGGGUGCGUCGACACCGACGAUGUUCAAUGUCGAUGGCAGCGGAAACGUGCUUCGACCUGACUUUUGCGAGUGCCAGCGCCUUCUCAAGUGCCCGAACGGCACGACGUCGCCGAUCGCCUCGGACGACAUCUUUGACUGCGUCAAGACGGGAGUCAUUCUCGAGCGCAUCGACUUGAUUCCGCCGCGCCACCCGCGCCAGCUCAACGGUACCGACUAUAAUCCGUACGAAGUCGCGACCGUGACCAUCAACGCCACGGGCAUGGACCCCAACAUGACGUACAACGACCAUUACCGCUUCUCGGUCUACAAAAACUGCAAGCCGUGCCCGCCCAACUACAGCUGCAACUUGUACGCGAUCCCGCCGGCGUGCACGUACCCCGGCGGCCGCAACACGACAGGGAUCGCGCUCUACAAUGCGUGUUUGGCGUCCGCGUCCGCCGACGUCUGCGAUGCGAUCCCGUUCUUUUGCGAGACGCGGAGCAAGGUGAACGUGGACGGGACGCUUCAAAGCACCCCUGGGUGUUGCGCUUGCGAGCACGAAGAACUGCCGGUCUUUUUCCAAACCAACGCGCCCAUGCUCGGGUUUCCCGAUGACAAGCACGGAAUGGUGCAGUUUACGAUAACCGCGGUCGCCCAAGUCGACGUGACAAUCGUCGCAGAGCUCUUCCACGGGCUCUACUACCGCAGCUUUGCAGAGGCGUUUGCAACGGCGAAUAUCCACCUCAGCGUCUUUACACCGUCGCGGGCCUACUACACGCCGACGACGCCGACGUCCAAUGCGUUCUUACCGGUCCUGCAGUCGUCGGACUUUACGUCGCUCGCGCUGCCGCUGAAUCUGCCCAUGUCCCGCGUGCGGAUUCCCGGGUCGCUCAGCUUUCAAACGUCGCUCGAGACGUCGCUCUUCAUUGACCGGAUCGCGGAUGUGUUUGUGGGCGACCCGACGCUGCCGUCGGCGGUCGGCUUCACGCGCCUCACCGGGCAACAGGCGCUGCUCGGAACCGUCCCGAAUGGGUCGACGCAAGUGCUGCCGACCAACCUCUUUGGCAACAAGAUCGUGCCCGACCCGCUCAGCGACGUUGCGUACUCGUCGCGGUGGUGGCUCGACACGCAGCCUGGUGGUGUGGAGGCGAUUGCACUGCCGUACUUGCCGUACUUUAGUGCCUGUGCGGGCUACGACUCGCACAUGUCGUUGGCCAAGCUCCUAGAGACACACCCGGACUGCGUCGACGUCGACUACAACGUAACGCGUCCCGUCGACGAGCUGCUGUGGCGAAAGAAAACCGUGCCGCUCGCCGACACGUGCAAAGUGCUGACGUCGGGCAUCGAGCUCCAGUGCGUCUACGAAGAAGACCUCGAGGGUGGCACGGACCAGCCGCGCUGGUACGAAGCGGACCCUGGCACCAAGCUCUUCUGGCUCACGCGGUACCCGAUCGCUGCGUCCGACUUUGUCGGGAAUGCAUCGAGCUCGAACCCCAUCUACUGGGGCGAGACCGACGUCAUUAUGAACCUGCUUGGGACGUCGGAUCUCGUAGGCGUCGCCUUGGGCCCUAAGACGCAGGGAUACUCGAUGGUGAUGGCGCAAACCGUCGCGCUCCGCAUCAACUAUUACCAGAUCACGGAAGGGCAAAAGAUCCUUGUAAACGCCCAAAUUGACUUGACCGACCAGUGCGUCGUGUCGAAGGCGCCACAGGACGUGGCGAACGCGGCCGUCAACGGUAUUUACCCCUGUGUGACGAACGUCGUCACGGGCGGCUUGCUCUCCAAAGCCUACACGCUCCAAGUGAGCUUCCAAGCGCUGGGGUGGUACGAUCUCAUGAACCAGUUUCGGUUCUCGAUCCGCGUCUACCUCCUGCUCUUUACCGUCAUCGGUGUCGGCAUGGUCGUGCAAGGCCAUCUCGUCUAUUUGAUCAACCGCGUUUUUACCAAGAUGCGCCACCCACCGCCGUUCCGGCUUCGGGAAUUUCUCAAAGCCACGGCGCCACAGCCAGCGUUCGGAACGCUCCUUGCGGUUGUGCCCAUCAUGUUUGUGACCUGCGUCAUUUAUGGCUGGUGGAACGUCCUCAAGUCCAAUGCGCCAGUGUUCAACCCGAGCGCCUACUCGUUCGAAGGCGUCUCGGGCGAUUGGCUCUACAUUGCCGCAUUGGACGCGGCGCACAUCAAGGCGUUCAAAGCGGGUCGUGUCGGCGUCUCACUACUGGCCUUUGGCAUGUUCCUCCUCCUCCUCGGCAUGAAGUACAUGAUUCCAGACAACAUGGACCAGCAAAGCGAGGACAACUUGAUGAACCAGUCGUCGCUGCAAGAGCCCACCGACCCGUUCGAGCUCCCGAUCCCGAAAGACGACGAGAAACUGACCUCGUUUGAAGGCGAAAAAGAGAAGGGCGAGAGCACGUACUGGAACCCGCGGGCGUGGAAGCGGGCCAACUUGAUCCUUGCGUCGUGUGUGACGGUCCUUACCCAAGUGGCCAUCAUUGAAUUCUCGUAUUCGGCCACGUUUACGAACAAGCCGUUCCAAUACUGGACGCUCUACAAGCUGCUCGAGCACGUCUACGACGCGUACCUGGGUGAUGCGCUCGGGGACACGCUUCUGUGCUUACCCCACUCGAUCCUGAUCGGGCUCACGGAAUUGAUCAUCACGCUGGCAGCGCCCGAUUUCUAUGGCUUCCUCAUGGGUCUCAUUGCGAUGCAGUGCUUUAUGAUCAUGGAGCGGCUCUUCGUCAACCCGUGGAUCGAAGACAUCAAUCGGCUCAUGCCCAAGUGGAAGCUGCAGUUCCACCGCACGUUUCGCAAGAAGCGCCGGCGCACGCGCGAGCAAAAGGCCAAGGAGGAGGCCGAGUGGCGCACGCUGUGCCAAGAAAUUGACGAGGCCGGCGCCGGCGUCGAGGUCAUUUGCGGCGCGUUCAUCGACACGUCGCUCGGCGCCGCGUCCAUGUACCUCUCGCCGCUCGUCAUGGGGCUCAUCUACCUCUUCAGCGUCGAGACGCAGAUCGCAGCCUUGUACGGCAUCCUCGAGAGCGAUUUGAUGUACUACAUCAUCUUUGCGGUCGUGACGAUUCCGUUUGUGAGCGUCCUCGACGUCGUGCUCUGGAACACGCAGGAACUGGUGCAUGGCUGGAAAGCAUACGAGUACGCGACGUACCAGCGCCAUCGGUUCAGCGUCCGCAAGGAGCGCUGGAUUCUCAACUCGAAAUUUCGCGACAAGUCGCUCGAAGAAGGCUUGCAGGACGUCGACAUGCUCUGCUUCUCGUCGCAGUACUACUUCCUCAUUGUCAUCUACGCGUCCGGCCUCGUCUUCCUCGUCUUUGGCCUCUCGAUCUUCCUCCGGCAAAGCUACAACCCGCUCGGCGACGUCCUCAUGCCCGUCAUCUUUGUCCUCGUGUUUGCCUUUUGCACGGCCGUCACGCGCGUCUGCCUGUACCUCGGGCACAAGGCUAAGAUCUGGGUCCCGAAAGGGUUGCGCGGCUCGAUUGACGAUGAGAUUGCUGCGAAACUGGCUGUCGGCGCCGGUCGCCAAGAAGACAUGGAGAUGGAGCGCAUGGAGAUGGCGGCGCUCAACUCGGAGCGGUUCCGACACCGCUUCAUGGAGCGCAAUCGGCCGUGGAUUCUCCAGCACAUGGUCGAGCUCUUCACGCCUCGGACGCUGCAGAUGCCCGGCCCGCUCCAUGACGGCAAGCCCAACAUCGAGUACAUCCGCGACAUUUACAACGAGCUGCUCAAUAUGGGCGAGGGCAGGCGCUUGGCGGGCGACGACCCCAACAUCUCGUCCGACGACGAAGACGACCUCUUCAAGAUGCGGCAAAACUGGUCCAACGUCCCCGUCGACGGCGCCUCGAGAGACCUCGCGCUCUACUGGCUCGCGAAAGCUCGGAAACGCAUGGCGUUCGGGAAGCUCAUUGCUGGCAUUUUGCUCCAGCACAAGCAAGAGGCGUGUGCGCUGUGUCUCAAGUCCGUUGCCGGCGGCUACACGAUGACGGUCGACAUUGCGACGCCGGAUGGAAAGGAGCAAGACCGCGCUGGCCUCGACCGGCUCAUUCGCGGCUUUGAAGCCAAGUACGGGGAGCGCGAAGCUGACUCGGAUCUCUGGAAGGCCUACUUUCGGCAGCACGCAGUCUUCAUUACGCUCUGCAACGUCUGCGUCUCGGUGCUCGAGCAAAAGCGACUCGCGCGCAUCGUCGCGGUGCCGCCGCGGCAGACCCGCGCCGACGAUCUGAGCUCGGACGACGACGACGAAGACGGCAUCGACGUCGUCUUUGAACCAAUGGUUGUCUCGCGGACCUCGAGCGAAGGGCGGGUGAUGUCCAAGUGGCUCCAAGCCGCGCGGAAGCGGCUCGGCGGCGUCUUUCCCCGCGACUCGGCGCGGGCCGAAAUGGAAGCGUACGCGGAGAAGAUGCGCGCCAAGAAGGCCCGCAAGACCAAAAAGAAGCGCGUCGACUCGGACGACGAGGACCCGAGCGUGCACUGGAAGGUCUCGCUCACCGAAGCGUCGCGCGCGAUCCUUCUCAAGUGGACGUGGCAAGCGCGGGACAAGCAGUUUGCGGCCUUUCGCGCCAAAGCGUCGAGUCUCCGAUUGCAAAUCGAGGCGACGGCGCACAAGAUGCACGAGGUCGACGACUGGUUCUACUCGAAAGAGCUGCGGCUCGAAGGCGCGUCGCUCGAGGCAGCGGGCAAGCAGCUCCUCGAGGACCAGCUCGCGCUCGAAGGCGACGCGCAAACCAAGAGCCGCACGGCCACGCAGGAGCUCGACGCCUAUGUGACGGAGAAGCGCGCGGCCAUGACCAAGGAGAUCGACACGUUCAACUUGAUGCUCGAGAAGGAACUCGCGAGCGCGAAGAGCAGCAGCGCCGCGAAAGAAGCCGAGCUCGCCGAGGCCAAGCGAGCCAAGGAAGUCGAGUUCCUCGAGCUGCAAAAGCAAGCCAAAAUCGACAACAACGGCAAAGUGCCGCCGAUGCUGCUCAACGAACACCGCGCGUACCUUGCCAAGAUGGACGACGACCGGUACAAAGCGCGCGACGACAUUGAGAGCGCGGCGGCCGAGAAGGCCAAGCAGAAGCAAGAUGCGUUCAACCGCAAGAUCGCGCUGAGCGAGCAAGGCAUUCUCAACCGCAGUGCGCUGCAUGCCCACCGCUUGCUUGCGAUCCGGAAGGAGAUGAUGACGGCGCUGCGGAUGCAAGAGAAAACGUGGCAGAACAAGGCCACGAGUUGGCUCGAAAAGGCCACGCGCAAAGUCGCUGUCAAGGAGCAAGAGGACGCCGCGAACGCGCUCGCAGCCAAGAAGCGCAAGAAGGCCUAA